AGAAGAGAGGCAAUGGAAAUCGAGGCUGAGACUGUCGCCCCUGCGGCCGAGUCGGCUUCCAAGCCGCGCAAGCGGAAUCCUACCGGCUCUGAGGCUCCGGCAGAUGGGUCGGCAGCCCGACGCGCCAAGCGGGGAAAAUACACGUCCAUGGCAUGCGAUGAAUGCAAGAAGCGGAAGCUCAAGUGCAUUCCUUCGGGUGAUUCCAAUUGCGAGAGGUGUAUUGCUGGUGGAUUGACCUGUGUCUUUGCGGCGGCUGCCAAUCAGCCGCCCAAGGAUGCUAAGCUUGAGCAGAGCCAGCAUCUACAGGGCCUUACUCAAGAGUUGUAUCAGCUUCGCCAGCAGGUUGCUGACCUGGUAGGUGUCGUGAGAGAGCUCAAGGACCAGCCUCAAGAGGCGCAUACCGUGUCGUCGCAUUCUCGAGAGACUGUUCAUAUCCAGUCGCCUCUCAGCACUUAUCGUGGCGAUGUACCUAAGCAACCUCAGUUUGUCGGACCAACACGGUCUGCCUUUGGUAUUCUUGUUGGAGAACGGUCUUUAAACCGUAUGGGCAUACCGACUUAUGAGUCAUUUCCUCCAAGCGGUGCACAAUCUCCCAUAGAGUCGACAGCUGCCGCCAAGAUAAUCACCAACUUGGGAUACUGGGAUCAAUGCACCGCUAGCGAGAUCAGCAGGUUCCUCAUCGUCUUCCAGGAGGAAGUCGAGUCGGUGCAUCCCAUCAUCGACAUUAGCGAGUACGUUGUUCGGUCACAAGAGAUUCUUGACGCUAUUCGCAGCGGUAACGCUCCUGAGUAUACUGCCCCGAAAGGAGAGACACCGAUGAGGGGCUUGUCCAGGAAGGACAUUGAUAUUGUCAAGGUUGCCGUCGCUACUGGCAUGGUGCUGGAGGAGCAUGAAAAAACUGACCUGAGCGCCGCUAUCAUCGAUUCUGUUGAGGGAACCGUCUCAUGCAUGCUGUAUCCUGAGGUCGACCUGAAAGAGAUUCAGCUCCUUUGCAUUCUCAGCAUCUACCACUUCCAUUGCGACGAGGAGCUGAUAUCUUGGCGCCUCGUUGGCAUUGCUGCACGUGAAGCCAUAGAGAUGGGCCUUCACCGAAAGCGAAGUCUUCUUGAUAACUUCAAGGACCCUGACUGUCGUCGUCUUGCAACCCGUGUCUUUUGGUGUGUCUACGUGCUUGAUCGGCGAUGGAGUUUUGGCAACAGCUUGUCUUUUGCUCUUGUGGAUAAGGAUAUCGAUCCUGAGCUUCCCAAGCCGGACGACGAGUAUUCAUAUCUCAGGUGCAUGGUCGGCUAUUCUGAGCUCUGCUCCAAGCUCUGGGAUGCCAUCCCACCCUUUGGAUCUGCUUCACAAACCAUUCCCGAUGAUACCGCAACAGCCCUUGAUCAAUGCGCUCAAGACUGGCUGGAAACUAUUCCUCCUCAUCUCCAGCUACGGCAUCCUCGUCUUGGCCUGGCACCGCGCUCACAACCUCAAGUGCUGCAUCGACUUCGCGCCUUGUUGUACCUUCGUGGGAACUAUGUGAGGAUCUUGAUCUACCGACAUCACCUGAUGAGUGCGGCGAGUAUUGCAGCUAGUCCUCGCAUUGCAUGGUUGGUUGCCGACAUCGCCCAGGACUCUAUACAGGUCCUUGUCCACCUUCACAGCACGUCGGAUAUCUACUCGCGGCAGCAGAACGCUUUCAACAAUUUCCUGCUCAGCGCCUUGGCAGUGCUAUUCCUCGCUGUCUGUCACGCUCCUGAGACAUUUGCUGGCCCUUGCCGAAAGACCUUCCUUGAUGGAGCGAACCUAGUAAGAGGCCUCUCUCGACACAGCAUCAUCAGCCGCAGACUGUGGAAAUCCAUCCGUGGCCUGAUACCGCGUAUGAGAAGCUUGGCAAAGCCUCACCUGGGAGAGGAUCAAACGAGCGAGUCACAAGCGGGAGACAAGGAGCUUGAGUCUCAAGACAUCAACGGUGAGGAGUUCCAGGAGCAUGUCCACUUGCCGGUUCACGAUCACGUUGACUUCCCUUUGGGAGAGAUGAUGCUUCCUGAUACCGAUAUAAACCAUUCCGUCCCGGAUAUGUAUCAGAUGAGGGACGAUCUACUGAGUCUCUUUGACGCGCUUGGACAGGGGCAGCCUCUGUUUCAACCCAUGACGGGCCAGUAUCCUGAAGGGCAGGAGAUCACGAUCGCAGAGGAGGAAGGUGAAGAGAUAUCACGGAGAUUUCAGGGCUUGAUAUGA